AUGGCCUCUAUCUGUAAAGGUAGUUGGCUUGUUGGAGGGGACUUCAAUGAAGUCCUAAAAGCUAGAGAUAAGCAUGGGGGAAAUAACCUUAGUACUAAUAGUAGUAACCAUUUCUGGAGCUGCCUGAACCACUGUAAAUUAGUUGACCUGGGCUUCAAAGGCUCAAAAUAUACGUGGUCCAACAAAAGGUACACCAACAGGCAGGACCUUAUCCUUGAGAAGUUGGAUACGUGCAUUGCCAUUGAGGAUUGGAUUAAGUCUUUUCCAGAAGCCUCAGUCACCCACCUUCCCAGGACCCACUCUAACCACUGUGCUCUUCUUUUAAGCAUCUCUAGUACCCAGCUCAAUGAUCAAUGUAGACCAUUUAGGGUGGAGACAAUGUGGUGUGGUCACCCUGACUUUCAAAACAUCGUGCACACCAGCUUCACCUCCACAAAUGACCUGUUGGAAGCUACCAACACUUUUAAGUCAAAUGCGACCACAUGGAACAAGUUAGUGUUUGGUAACAUCUUCCAUAAAAAGAAGCACAUUUUAGCUAGACUGAAUGGCAUUCAAAAAGCUAGUGCUUACCCUUUCAGCUCCUUCUUGUAA